AUGGUUUCGCAGGUGCCCCAAGAUGGACCGGAAAGUGAAUUGACUUUUGUCUUCCUCGGUGUCGUAGCAGGGACCGUGAUGAUGUUCCUCGCCGGAACAUUUUGGGCAUGGAGAAAAGACCAGAAAGAAAAGGAAAUGUCUGGUACCACAGUGAUCCCACAGCAAUCUUUUCACCGCUGUCCACAGCACUACUUGCUCAUGUUCUACACAGGAUCUGGUCGGCACAGUGCAACCACUGCAAAUGUGUUUUGUCGUAUCUAUGGAAACCACCGCAAGACAAAGCCCAUCAUUUUGCGUGAUCCCGACCGCCAAAUGUUUCAUCCUUCUUCUAUCAGUUCCUUCCUUGUGACACUGAACCUCUCUUUGGACCAGAUACGAAAAAUUCACGUGUGGCAUGACAUUUCAGGUCCAGAUCCGCCAUGGUUCUUAGAGAGUGUCGUAAUUUGCCAUUUAAACACUGACGUCACAUGGUAUUUUGAGGUAAACCGCUGGCUUGACGUCAGUACAGGUUCAAAGGAAGUUGAAUGCAAAUUAAAGCCCUUAAAAAGAAAGACAAUGCUGAGAGUAAAAACCAUGUUUGCUGCUAAAAUUGUGGACAAUAUAAAAAACAGGCAUCUUUGGGUCUCUCCUUUAUGCAAACGCAACAGAAGAACGUUCAGUAAAUUCCAAAAAUUGUCUUGCUGCCUUGCGGUCACUGGAUUGACGAUAUUAAUAACAGCAGUGUUGGUUCAUACAACUCAAGACUUGUUUUCUUAUUCGUCAGUAAGGGUGGGACCUUGGAAAUUGAGACUUGGUGAUAUUUAUAGAGCUCUCAUUUGCAGUGGAAUUGCUUUUGUUUAUCGUAUUUUGCUAGAGAUUCUUUUCGUAAAUUCAGGGCCAAACUCCUUAUUACAAGCCGACGACAAGAAUGUGCAAGGUUACAUAGAAGACAAUUUUGAAAAGCUAAAUAAAAUAAUAUUUGUGGACGAAACUAAUGACGCUGAUUGUGCGUCAAAUUGCGAGAAAGAAAACGUGUCGAGCUCUGACACGUGUGACAUAGAACUAGAAUUUGCAAAUUCCGAGGAACUGAAAGCUGGGAACGCAGAUGCAGAUCCAUUCCAUUUGGACAACACACCUGACCACGCCACAGAUCACUUUGUCGUGAACAUCACAACAAAUCUGACCUCGGGGAUGGUUUCGCAGGUGCCCCAAGAUGGACCGGAAAGUGAAUUGACUUUUGUCUUCCUCGGUGUCGUAGCAGGGACCGUGAUGAUGUUCCUCGCCGGAACAUUUUGGGCAUGGAGAAAAGACCAGAAAGAAAAGGAAAUGUCUGGUACCACAGUGAUCCCACAGCAAUCUUUUCACCGCUGUCCACAGCACUACUUGCUCAUGUUCUACACAGGAUCUGGUCGGCACAGUGCAACCACUGCAAAUGUGUUUUGUCGUAUCUAUGGAAACCACCGCAAGACAAAGCCCAUCAUUUUGCGUGAUCCCGACCGCCAAAUGUUUCAUCCUUCUUCUAUCAGUUCCUUCCUUGUGACACUGAACCUCUCUUUGGACCAGAUACGAAAAAUUCACGUGUGGCAUGACAUUUCAGGUCCAGAUCCGCCAUGGUUCUUAGAGAGUGUCGUAAUUUGCCAUUUAAACACUGACGUCACAUGGUAUUUUGAGGUAAACCGCUGGCUUGACGUCAGUACAGGUUCAAAGGAAGUUGAAUGCAAAUUAAAGCCCUUAAAAAGAAAGACAAUGCUGAGAGUAAAAACCAUGUUUGCUGCUAAAAUUGUGGACAAUAUAAAAAACAGGCAUCUUUGGGUCUCUCCUUUAUGCAAACGCAACAGAAGAACGUUCAGUAAAUUCCAAAAAUUGUCUUGCUGCCUUGCGGUCACUGGAUUGACGAUAUUAAUAACAGCAGUGUUGGUUCAUACAACUCAAGACUUGUUUUCUUAUUCGUCAGUAAGGGUGGGACCUUGGAAAUUGAGACUUGGUGAUAUUUAUAGAGCUCUCAUUUGCAGUGGAAUUGCUUUUGUUUAUCGUAUUUUGCUAGAGAUUCUUUUCGUAAAUUCAGGGCCAAACUCCUUAUUACAAGCCGACGACAAGAAUGUGCAAGGUUACAUAGAAGACAAUUUUGAAAAGCUAAAUAAAAUAAUAUUUGUGGACGAAACUAAUGACGCUGAUUGUGCGUCAAAUUGCGAGAAAGAAAACGUGUCGAGCUCUGACACGUGUGACAUAGAACUAGAAUUUGCAAAUUCCGAGGAACUGAAAGCUGGGAACGCAGAUGCAGAUCCAUUCCAUUUGGACAACACAACCAGUGAUCCAAGAGGGAGUCUGUCAGACAAACGAACGAUAGAUUGUGGUGACGAAAAUUGCUUUUUCAAGGAAGCUGAAUGCCUGGAGGAUUUGAUUGAUAUUCUUGGAAAUUUCCCGGAAAAACAAGAAAUAAUUCAAAUUUUAGAUGACAACUCUUGUGCUCCUCAAAGUAGCCAGAGUGGUGAAGCUGAAGAGAAUGAAAAGUCAAAAGAAGACUCUGAUAAGUCCUCCAAUUUUGCUUCUGGUAAAGAGUCCGGGGUAGACACUUACAAAGAUCGGCGAGAGUCAGUGGCUUGGACAGCAACUGUAACGAACCCUGAUAAGAUUCCAAAACUUUGGAGAAGUCUUCCAUUCCCCCAGCAACUUAUUGACGAAGACAGCAUUAGAAAAAUACACCAUGAUUCGUCACCUGUACUUCCGAAGAUUGUUUUGAACAUAACUCAAGCCCAAUGUUUUGUUGUUCCAUUCAUUUCCACCAUUGUAGCCAUAGCAACUGGUAUCCAUUGGUCUGACUCUGCAGGCCUGGAGAAGUCCUUCAACAUCAGCAGAAGCUUUAAUACUGGGGUCAAAAACACUGAAACGUUUUGGAAGUGGCUUGUAAAUGAUACAAUUCCAGUACUUCUUGGAAAAAGGCUUAGUGAGGACAGACAGCAUUUUCUUGCCGAUGGCUAUAGUUUUCUGUUAGGAACUGCAAUUCUGAAACAGCAAAGAAUUAAACCAGGAGCCGACUGUGAAAUCCCAGACGCGUCUAAGUCCGUGUUUAGUGGGUGUAAGCCAAUGUUCUUGACAAAAACUAAUGAAGACACUAAUCACUAUCAACAAGGCUGGAAGAAACAAACGGUUCCGCAAUUAAACCACACCUUCGGGUCACCAUGGAGAUACUUGAGCGGAAAGGAAUCCAAUACUGAUUACACUGCAUGGGGACGAAGACAGAAUUCGUUUGGUGGGGGAGGGUACAUAGCAUACCUGGGGACUGAUUGGCAAGGCACGCUGGAGCUCAUAAAUUCGCUUAAAGCACAUGGUUGGAUUGAUGGCCUCACAAGAGUGGUUUUUCUUGAGUUUUCAGUCUACAACGCUAACGUCAACAUUCUAUCGGCGGUGAUAUUUUCGAUUGAAUUUACGUCUUUCGGCGGUGCCUUUCCUCGUGUCGACAUGCAUUUGUUCCGUCUGUAUCGUUAUUUUACCCCACUGCAGUUCUUGUAUCUUGUGGCUGAGAUUUUUUUUGUCGUUUUCGUGGCGCACCUUAUCUAUAGAGUAGGUUGCCUUAUCUACCGAGAUCGCUGGAGCUAUUUUACGUCUUACUGGAACGUCACUGAUAUUUUCUUAAUUCUGUUCUCGCUGAUAACCAUAGCUUUAUAUGCUGUUCGUGAGAGCCACCUUAACAGCGCUAUCGAAGCAAUUCGAGAAAAUCCAGAUACUUUUUACGGUUUUCUGACAGUGGCCUUCUACGAUGACUACAUAGCUUACUUUUCAUGUCUAAUUGUUCUCAUUCCUACAGUCCAGUUCUUAAAGUUUCUUAAGUUUAACAAGAGUUUUAUGAUAUUUUACUCUACGCUUGAGAGAAUUCGAGGGGACAUUUCUGGUUUCGCUUUCGUCUUCUUUGUGAGUUUGAUGUGCUUUACGUAUUGGGCGUACAGCAUGUUGAAAACCGUCGCCGAAUCUUUCAGCACCUUCAGUGGCACGUUUUACAGCAUGAUCGCCAUGUUGUUGGGCAAAUUCAGCUUCCGGCUGUUAUCGCCUGGUCAGGCUGUAGCAGCGGCAGUCGGACCUAUCUUCACUUACACCUUCACUUGUGCUAACGUGUUCUUCAUACUAAACAUUAUUCUAACAAUCAUCACCAUAGGAUUCAAGGAAUCACGGGAAGACGACCGCUUCCAACAGAGCGAGUACGAGAUAAUCAAGUUUAUCAUUACCUCCUUCAAAGGCACUUGUGGUCUACUACCGCACUACAUACCACCACUGCCACGAAUCGAGCCUCCAGCACAGGAGAAACACUUUACGUACUUUCAGUGGAAGCUGUGCACCAAUUAUUUUACACGGAGUCAGUUUCCACGCUUGCUGAACUUUGCUAACGAUGCUUAUUUAGAAGAUUUUGCGGAAGAAUUAGAAUUGGUGGCAAAUUUGCUUAGCAUGCCUCAGUCGAGAGGGCUUCUUUAUGAAAUAACUCGUAGGGAACAAGGCUUUUAGAUGUUUUUACAGAGGUUUUUAAUUUGCCCACUGCAUAUGCGACUGUAA